AUGAGGUUCUCCGGGACAGGUGUUCUUUACACCGCGCUGCUGCUGGUCACUAGCGUCAACUCUCUGAAGUUCGACAAAGCGUGCAACACGAAAUACGGGAAGCUCACCGCAAAGCAGCUGAUCGACAAGAGCAUCGACUUUCAACCCAAGUUAGCUAAAGCCGGUGUAGAUGGUCUCGACGCUGUCAUCGAAGUUCUUAAAUAUCAGAGCGAGACUCCUGGGGCUAAGAAGCCCACUGGCAGUAAGAAAGAGCUUGACAGGAUCAUUGCUACCUAUCGUAUUUUGUUCGGCGACAUCAUGGCAAAGAACGAUGACGGAACACCGAAUCCUAAUUUCAAAAGUGAGGCAGCAGACCAUAUCGCAGCCAUGAAAACCACAAGGGAUACGCUCAACCGGAUGUCCAAGCCCGGAAGUCCGGAUCUGAUCAUCCAUUGUAACGACGACUGGCUCAGUGAGAGAGGGCCCAAAAGCAUGGCAGCGAGCAAGCCGACUGCACCCGCAACAUCAGGCUCACAGUACUUUUAUGACACUGACCGAAACCGAUGGGUUAGUGUCAAAGGUGGAAAGCCUUGUCAAGGUGACAAGGCUGUGGUCACCUCCGCGAACAAGAAGCUAUCAGGAACUUCUCGUGAGAAGGGUCCGGAAAGGAUUACAUUCUGUCCGUCUUACCUGAGGCGACAACACCAGCUUGAGAAAGAUAAGCAGUCUCAUCUCUGGGACAUCCCCACGACGAAGCUGCCUGACACUUUUACUACAUAUACAGCAGCGGGAAAGAAGGACAAGACCCUGCCAUUCCAUAUCUCUGCUUUUGGCAGCAAGAUAGUUGCAAAGUGGUUCCAUGAGUCCAUGCGUACCGAGCUCUUCGAUUCAAAUUCCAACAAUUCCUCAGAUAAGAAGAUAUCAGGAUCCGGUACUAGUAGCUUAGCGUACGGGUUCGACGGUGCUGUCAAUCUUGUCAAGCAAAAAGAAGGCAAGAACGUCGCCGAGUCAUCUCUAAGCAUCGACAACAUUCUCUACUGGUGCUUGGCUUUGUACUACGAUAAGUGGUUGUGGAGCACUGGCAAGCCUGAGGACCCAAGUGUUUUAAGUACUGCCCCGGCUAAGGUUGCUAGUGUCGAUGAAGGUUUUCAAGUAGAAGCUGCAGCAAAGAAAGGGGGAUCGAAGAAGACGAAAGAACCUGCUGAUCAACCAAAAACUGAGGCAUCGCCACCAAAGACUGAAGCCCCUGUCGAUACACCGAAGACAGAUAAGCCUGCGGAUCCACCUAAGACGAGCGCUGUAGCAGCGCCUCUACCACCGUCUUCUCAGGGACCUUCUUCAUCGCCUCCUUCCUCUCAGGCUGCUCUACCUGCUAGCUCCGAAGCACCUCCACCAACCAAUAACCCAACACCAUCCGCCUCUAUCCCGCAGACGAACCAACCAUUGAGUACUCAACUACCUCAAGUCUCUGCGCCUGUUUCUCCUAGCAACAAGCCUGCUUCGAGUCUCUCCACGCCACUAUCGGGCAUAGUCUCGAUGUCUAGAUCAGUUUCAAUGACCAAGUCUGUCCACACAUCCUGCUCCAAUACUCUCUGUACCCUUCCCUCUUCCUCCGCCUCCCCAACAUCUUCCGGUGCCGUUCCACAAGAGACAUUCGAAUCUGAGCCCAUGAAUGCCGGCUCCAUGACCGCUGGCGAGAUUGCCGCUGUUGCAGCUGCCAUUGCUUCGGAGCAAGUGGCAGCAAUGGCGCUGUGGGAUCAGGUACUCACAGACAUGGGACUGCCUAGUGAGACGAUCCAGGGCGAUCCGAGUGCAAGCAUGGGGACAGGAUUGCCUAUGGCCACGGGUGGAGCUGGAGGUGCAAUGAAUGGAACUUGGGCAAUGCCGACGUUGAAAACUCGGGAGGGGAGGUAUGGAGUAAGGGAGAGGAGGAUGUACGACUUUGCUAGCUAA